GGAGGCAAAGCGGGCGGUACCACAACUUCUCGGCGGCGCGGAGCGGCGCGGAACAGCGCGGAGCGGAGCGGAUCUCGCCGGCCGGAUCGCUCCCAUGUCAGGGCGGCGGUGGGGGACUGCACUCCGCUAGCGUGAAGCCACUGACCUCCCCCCUCUCCUCGCCCAGCGAUGUAUUCACUGCUCUCCGCCUGCACUUGCCUAUGUUUACAUUUCCUGCUGCUGUGCUUUCAGGUACAGAUGUUUGCUGCCGAGGAGAAUGUAGAUUUUCGGAUACACGUGGAGAACCAGACGCGAGCGAGGGACGACGUGAGCAGGAAGCAGCUUCGGCUCUAUCAGCUCUACAGCAGGACAAGUGGGAAACACAUCCAAGUGCUCGGCAGGAGGAUCAGUGCCAAAGGAGAAGAUGGAGAUAAAUAUGCCCAGCUUCUAGUGGAAACAGACACUUUUGGCAGUCAAGUCCGGAUCAAAGGGAAGGAGACAGACUUCUACCUUUGUAUGAACAGGAAAGGCAAGCUAGUGGGGAAGCCUGAUGGCACCAGCAAGGAAUGUGUCUUCAUUGAAAAAGUCCUAGAAAACAACUACACGGCGCUGAUGUCGGCAAAAUAUUCAGGCUGGUACGUUGGAUUCACCAAAAAAGGGAGGCCACGGAAAGGACCCAAGACCCGAGAAAACCAGCAAGAUGUACAUUUCAUGAAGAGGUACCCAAAGGGGCAAGUGGAGAUACAGAAACCUUUCAAGUACACAACAGUCACCAAGAGGACUAAGAGAAUACGACCCACCAACCCCAGUUAA